UGGAAGGUCAUCAUUUCAUUGUCGACUUGCCUUGAGUCCUCGUCGCCUGUUCCUACCGGAAAUGAAAUGGAGAACCUGGAAGCGGAUGAACCGGAAAGAUUUCUUCAACUUAGAACACCAGAAGUUUCAGUACCACGUAACCACAUAGUUUGUGCUCGUGCUAAACAUCACGAUAAAGUUGCACCAACCUGUUGCCUGGAUGCAGAAAUGUCCUUUCAGAGCCCGUGCAGACAUGGAAAAGUGAACCAAGAGUGGAAGAGGGAGUCAACUCAGCGUCAAGAGAUCACAUGGACACCAGAGAGAAGAGGAGUCGGUUCUGCAGUGGCCCCGGCAGAAGUCCAUGAGAUGGGAGCAAGAGGAGAACACAGCUGGAGCUGGGGACCACAUCAGUAUGAAAGAGGUCCAAGCAGGGGUGAGGAUGAAUGCAGUUCUCGUGCUGAGAGCGACAUAGAGGAGGAACUUGAACCUCCGUUACCGCUCAGAGAUGACAAUGACUGGUAUCAGCACAGUCCUUUUCUGCCUCCUCUUCACUACAUGCACAACUUCAAUCAUCACCCGAUGGACGUUAGGUUUGACUGCGCAGAGGGAGGAUGCUACAACCUCCAUCCAGCCGACAGAUACCCUCCCCAGGCGCCUCACUUCUCACAUUUCUCCCCUCCAAACUGGAAUGACCCUGAAAACUGCUGCAUUAGGCCCCAGAACGACGGCAGCUGUUUCUGCGGCGGUGUGACCUGUGACAGUGUGACAGUUAACGUGCCUCAGGUCUCCGUCCCCCCCGUGGAAUGCGUUUCACAGGUUAGCGUGAUGAAUCUGAGUUCACCGGCAGAGGAGUCUGUCCCAGAACUUCACCAGAAAAGAAGAACCAUCAGUCUUCCCCAAGAGUGCCAAAAUGUCUUCAUAACUUACUCUUCAGACGUGUCCUCAGAGAUGGUCACUUUCGUAGACUUUCUCACAAAGCAAGGCUUCCGACCAGCUAUCGACUUAUUUGAUAACCCCAUUAGGCGACUGGACAUCAGUAAAUGGACGGACACUUAUCUAAAAGAUCUGUCAACCCCGAUUAUCAUCGCCAUCAGUCCCAAGUACAAGGCAGACACUGAAGGGUCUGCAGUGGACAGCCAUGGCCUACAGACCAAAUAUAUUAAUUCAAUGAUACAGAGUCAAUUUAUCCAGCAAGGCUGCCUGAAUUUCAGAUUCAUACCAGUUCUCUUCUUCGGUGCAUCCCAGAAGCACGUUCCAAGCUGGCUUCAGAACACACGUGUUUACCGCUGGCCGCAGGACACUGAGGAUCUGGUGCUGCGGCUGCUCAGGGAGGAGAGGUACGUGCCUCCUCCCGUCCCCGUGGAGCUCUCUCUCAUCAUCCGGCCUGUGACCAUGAGUGCUGCCACCACGCUGAGAUGACACGUCAGCCAUCAACUUUUUAUAAUACAAUAUUCCUUCCAGUCAACAGCUAUUUUUCUAAAUUGCAUUUUAUCUAAUGUGAUUUAUUAUAAGAUAUUACAAUAAUAAUUCCCUUUUGUAGUGUCAGGUGCUCAAUACUUGCUAUAUCACCGCUUUUAUAUUUAUGAUAACCUUUCAGUCACUAUUAUUGCCAACAGAUGUAAAUGAAAAAAAAUAUUAGCCUUUUAUUUGUCCUGAUCAUCAGGAGUCUGUGAUUGUUGCCAUGGAAACAUGAAUUAACUCAGUUCAACCUUUUCAGGCU